AUGCAGGUACCGUAUGACGGCGCGACAUCUCUCCGGCCACGUCUCCGCUCCCAGCAAGCCACGCACAAGUGGCAUGGGUGUGCUACAGACGAUCUCGAGAUUUGGAAGGGUCUUUCACGUUGCCAGGACGUGUUCUCGGCGAGACUCCUGGGCUGCGAGGAGAAACUGCAAGGCGAUGAGGAUCCUGUCCCUGGUGGCUGGGCUCUCUACUGUCUUCUUUCAAAGGUCCCUGGCGUGGCCCUGGGUACUGGCGUGCUAUACCAAGAAGAUGGACUCAAUGUUCAAGAGGGUCGUUUCUGGGAGCUUGACCGUCCUAUCAGGGAUGAUAUUCGUCACCAAUUAGAAAUCAUUGUCAGUGUCGCCCUGGGUGUGAAGAGCCUAUUCUGGGAUGACGAUGCAAAGCGUCUGUAA